AUGAAUGCCGCUGUCAGAAGCAUCACUCGCAUGGCUCUGCAAAAGGGCUGUACACCCUUUGCAAUCUUCGAGGGCUACCAAGGCUUGGUGGAUGGCGGAGAAUAUAUCAAGCAGCUUGGCUGGGAGGAUGUCCAGGGCAUGCUCUCGGUGGGCGGAACCUCAAUUGGCACAGCGCGCUGCAUGGCCUUCCGUGAGCGCGCUGGUCGUCUGACGGCCGCCUUCAACCUGGUCAAGAACGGCAUCGAUGCCCUUGUUGUCAUCGGAGGCGACGGCUCCUUGACGGGUGCAGACAAGCUCCGAGGCGAAUGGAAGGGGCUCAUCGACGAGCUUGUUCAAACAGGUGUUAUGACCUCUUUGUAUCCAUGGACAGGCCGCCUUACGACCGAGGAAAGCGCCGGACUGAGAGAAAACCUCACAAUCGUCGGUCUCGUGGGCAGCAUCGACAAUGACAUGUCCUCCACCGAUAUCACAAUCGGCGCAGUCACCUCGCUGCAUCGCAUCUGCGAGUCGCUGGACUCGCUUACUUCCACGGCGCUGUCGCAUCAGCGAGCCUUCAUUAUCGAGGUCAUGGGCCGUCACUGUGGCUGGCUUGGUCUGAUGGCCGCCAUCUCUGUUGGAGCCGACUGGGUCUUCCUUCCGGAGCGCCCUCCCCCGCUCAACUCGGCCAAGUAUGGUAGUGACUGGCAGACGGAGCUCUGCGACUACAUCGGCAAGCAACGCGCUAUGGGCAACAGAAAGACCAUCAUCAUCGUCUGCGAGGGCGCCAUCGACAACAAUCUGGCACCCAUCCGUCCCGAGGACGUCAAGACCGCCCUCGAGAAGGGUCUUUCUCUCGACAGCCGCAUCACUACCCUUGGCCAUGUGCAGAGAGGCGGAACCCCCUGUGCCUACGAUCGAUUCCUGGCCACGGUGCAAGGUGUCGAGGCUGUCAAUGCAGUGCUGCGCUCCACCCCCGAGACUCCCUCUCCCAUGAUCGGCAUGAACCAGAACAAGAUCACAGCGGGCCCUCUCUUGGAGGCGGUCAAGCUGACCAAAUCAGUCGCCGAUGCCAUUGCGAGCAAGGACUUCAAGAAGGCCAUGGACCUGCGCGACCCCGACUUCAAUGCUGCCUAUAACGCCUAUGUCGAAAGCACCGUCCAUGCGCUCGAGCCUGGCGCCAACCUCCUUCCCGAGGGCGAGCGCCUUCGCAUUGGAAUCAUGCAUGUCGGUGCCCCGGCCGGUGGCAUGAACGCCGCCACCCGCAUCGCUGCCCGUCUGUGUCUGAAUCGCGGCCACAGUUGCAUCGGUAUCCGCAACGGAUUUGCCGGUCUGAUCCGCGACGACAUCGUGCCCUUGGAAUACCGUGAUCUUCACGGCUGGCAAGUUCGCGGCGGCUCGGAGCUCGGCACAAGCCGCGCGCAUCCUCAGCCCCCGACCGACGGACCCAAGCUCCAUGUUGUGGGCGACAAGUUUGUCGAUCUUGGCUUGAUUGCAUACCACCUGCAGAAGCACAGCAUCGAUGCCCUUCUGAUUGUCGGUGGCUUCGAGGCGUACACCUCGAUUCUGACCAUGGCCAUUUCGCGAAAGAACUACCCGGCCUUCUGCAUUCCGAUGGUCCAUCUUCCUGCAACUGUGAGCAACAACGUUCCAGGCACGGACUACUCCGUGGGCUCUGACACGGCGCUGAAUGCCAUCGUCGAUUCGUGUGAUCGUCUCAAGCUUAGCGCCAACGCCAACAAGGGAAGAGUCUUCUUGGUUGAAGUCCAGGGAGGCAACUGCGGAUACCUUGCUGUUAUGGGCGGCCUCGUUGCGGGCGCGACAAAUGUGUACAUUCCCGAGGAGGGCAUCUCGCUCGACAUGCUCCAGCACGAUGUGCAUCAUCUCACCAACCGCUACACUGUCGAGAAGCGCACCAAGAAGCACAAGCGCGCCGAGGGUCGUCUCAUCCUGCGCGCUGAAGAAGCCUCCGCAGAGACGUACACGACCGAGGUGGUCUCCAACAUCCUGCGCGCCGAGGGUCGCGGCCUCUUCGACUCGAGGACGGCCAUCCUCGGCCAUCUGCAGCAGGGCAACGUGCCCUCGCCCCUGGAUCGCAUCCGCGCCACCCGCCUGGCUGUCGAUUGUAUCGACUGGAUCCAGAAGCGAGCCGCGCACGGCCGCUCCCGAGACCAGGAGAGCUCGUCACGCAGCAGCCCGCUUGCAGCUUUCCCUGCGACCUACUGUCCCGAUGGUGCAGAUGCCUGUGUGAUCGGUGUCCGCGGCGCCGAUGUUGUCUUCACCCCGGUCGAGGAGCUGUUGGCCGAGACUGACCUCAAAGCCCGCCGGGGCAAGGUUGCCUGGUGGAUGAACCUGAAGGAGCUCAUCCGCAUCCUGGCCAAGCACGAAUACGUCGAACAUGACGAUCUCGAUGGCAGCCGCAUCGACCUCACCAAGCAGGACUGA